AUGUCGGAUAUCCAAGAAUGCCAAAGCCUCGUUGCCCAGCUCGGGGGCGAAUAUAAUAACGAGGAUAGAACCACGUUCAUCGACAUCACUCCUGAGAAAAUCCUCCAAACUUCAACGAUGGCGCUUUGGGCGCAGUCUACUUCAGGCCAGAGGCAAAUCAAUCUGGGCCUGCCUGCUGUAAAAACCUGGCUGAAAAAUCUCGCGGCCAAUGGGCCAGGUCGUGCCGAGACGUACCAAGGUGUCACAUACAAAUUUGUCAAGCAGGAGCCGAACAGCCGAACCACCACUCCCUUAUCGAGCCUGGAUUAA